AUGCGGCCGACGUCCCUGCUCCUGUGUGCGCUCGCCUGUGCGGGUACUGCGCUGUCCUCUACCCCGGGCAACGACCUUGCUACGUCUCGCUUUGCCCUCCGGCGCUCUCAAUCACACGCGAAUCGCGUCGCUGCCCUCUUUCCCCGUCAGGACAAUGCGACGUACAUCGCCGACGAAAACACAAUCAUUGCCGAGAUGGGCACGAAUCCACUCCAGGCCGCAAAAGACGUCCAGACGAUUCCCUACCUGGCAAACAAUAAUACCGGAGUGACGGACACUGGCCUCCAGACGGUGCAGGGCGAUUCCAACGAGGCGCAGUUGCCUGGAAAUGAGUUCGCGCCCUUUGUCCAAGGGGCUAGCACGAAUGUGUCCGCUCAGGGCGGGUGGGAGGCCCUUCCGCAACAGGACGGCUUCGAUCUCAACAGGACCUGGGAGGUGCUUCCGGGCCUUGUCAUGCCCUUUUACGUGACAUCCAACUACAACCCUCAGUCAAUCAAGCGUGCCGUCAUCACCUGGCCGGGCAAACCGCGUGAUUCGUGGAAGUAUGCGGCCCUGUACAACAACGCCCUUAACGUGGUCUACUACAGUCCGACAAUCCAGUGGGGGGUGGCCAACGGCAGCGUGCUCAUUGUCGCUCCCGCCUGGCUGAAUGACAUCGACAAGGCAAACGGCAGUGUACAGGCCAACGAGCUUUACUGGCACGGCUCCCAGUGGGAGGCUGGCGGAAACUCUCGAAACCCGAAAUUGGCACCACCGCACAACCGCACCCUGUCCACAUACGAGGUUGUCGACAAUUUCACAGACUGGCUGUUCAACAAGGACUACUUCCCCAACCUCAACCAGGUCGUCAUCGCCGGCCACUCAAUGGGUGGUCAAGCAGCACAGCGGUAUGCGCUCUUGAAGAAACAGAAAGCCUACGACAACAACAUGCAGUACUGGGUUGGCAACCCGGGCUCCUGGGCUUGGCUCAGCUCCGACAGACCAUACCAUAAUGACUCGUGCUCGACGACGUACGACAAUUGGCACUACGGCCUGGGCGGGAACCAGACAAAGAUUGUCAAGUACGCAAGAAAGGAUGUCCUGGCCGACAAACAGGCCGUCGUGAAUCGCUUCCUCGCGCGCAAGAUCCACUAUGCGCUUGGUCUGCUCGACAAUGGAGCAGGUGACACGCAUUGCGAGGCCAGAGAUCAGGGAGGCAACCACUUGGACCGCGGCUCGCAGUUCAUGCUACACCUCGGUGUCGUCAACAACGGAACAUUCCCCGCAGCCCACACCGUCGACUUCAUCGCAAACACCUCGCAUCAAGACUUUGCCAUGAUGUCCGCCAACUCGUCAUUGAACUGGCUCUUUGCAAACGACUACAACGUGCGAAACCCAGACAUCAUCCCGUCGAACCCGGGCGAUAAGAAGCACAACACGACAAAGGAGCCUGUUCCCAAGGUGAAGGCCUACGCAACACAUGGAAACAAGGUCCUCGCCACUGGUCUUCUGGGAGGCAGCUUGGCCCUCGUUCUCGCAGUCUUUACCAUCUUGCCAUUCAUCUUCACGGCAAACUUUGUUGAAGACCCACAGCCGGCUGAGGCGCGGAUGACAAGGGGCUACGAGAAAGCGCUGCCAGUUUCAUCCCACAAGCUGAACCAAGGCAGCGCGGCAAGCUCGCAGGCGCCGAUGCUAGGUGGCGACGACGGCAGCAGCACUGACUACCACGACCUGUACAGAACGAACAUUCCCUCUCGGUUUCAACCGGCCAGCAACCGCAGAUACCUCUGA